UCAUAGACUGGAAAACUGCAAUGGAACAAGAAACCUGUAAUAAGUACUCUAUACAAACAGAUGUGAAUAGCAAGACUUACUUCCACUGUAAUUAUUCAAAUAUAAACAUAAACAAGAGUAAGGUGAUAUAUUUAUGUCCCUCUCUUAUUUUGGCCCAAGCCUUUACAAAAGGUAUACAAGUGCAUUUCUACAAAACGCACCAUAAGCAUUGCACUGUUGAAUACAAAUUGUCUAGUAAAUUUAGAAAGUAUUCAAUAACUAACAUACUUUCCCUAUCACACGCAUCUGGAAUCGAUGAUGAUCUGUAUUUACAUUUCAAAAAGCUCAUGGAAAGUAUUAUACUGGAUGCUGCUAAGAUUAAUAUAGAUGGGCUUAAAGUUCUUACUUGUCAGGCAUUAGAAAUGAUGACGGUUCUAUCGUGUUAUGAUGAAGAUCAUGAUGACAUUCCAAGCCCUAUGCCAGUUGUUAAAAAGUCAAUGACAGACUCUCAAAUAACAGAAGAACUGGAAGGUACAAAGAAAACUACUAAAAGAGCAGCCAUGAAAGAGCCCCAGAAAAUUGUAAAACGUUUAAAGUGUUCAGAAGAUGAAAGUCUCUCACCAAAAAUUGUUAAUUCAUUCUCAUUGAGUGAAAAAAUUUUUGAGAAUCCUCUCAUGGAAAUUGGUUCAAUUAAAAAUGAGAGUCUCUAUGAAGUAAGUCCUGCUGCACAUCCAAAAGAUCCAUCCGAACCUGCUGCAGUUUCUAAUGGAACACCAAAAGAUAAGGAAAAACAGAAAAAUAAAUGGACAGAACCAUCAAUAACUUUUAAUGAUACCUACAAGGAUUUUGUCAUAAAAAAUUUUGAAUCGAAAAAGCCAAAGAAAGAAACUCUUAAAACGAAAAUCGGCCAAUUUAAACCUUAUAAUAGGUCUCCAGAAAAGUUAAGGAGCAAUCUUCAAAUUACUGAUAAAGUGACUAAACAUGAUCAAUUUGUAGCAACAGUCGUAGGAACUGCCUUGCCUCAAUCGUUAUAUGAUAAUAUAAAAAUCAAAGAGCAACCACCAGUGGCUUCUCCAGUAAAGCACAUGUCUAAAAGAACAUCUAUAGAAAAACCUAAAGGAAAGUCCAUAGUUGAACCUAGAGGCACACCUAUAGAAAUAACUAAAGGAACUCUUAUAGAUAAACCUAGAGGUACACCUUUAGAAAAACCUAAAUUCACGACUUUAGAAAAACCUAAAAGCACAACAAUAGAUAAAUCUGGGGGUACACCUAUAGAAAAACCUAAAGGAACACCUAUAGAUAAACCUAGAGGCACACCCAUAGAAAAACCUAAAGGAACACCUAUAGACAAACCUAAAGGCUCACCCAUAGAAAAACCUAAAGGAACACCUAUAGAUAAAGCUGGAGGCACACCUAUAGAUAAACCUAGUGGUGCACCCAUAGAAAAACCUAAAGGAACACCCAUAGAAAAACUUAAAAGAACACCUAUAGCAAAACCUAAGAGCACACCUACAGACAAAUCUAAGGGCACACCUACAGACAACUCUAAAGGCACACCUACUGACAAAUUUAAGAGCACACCUUUAAAUAAACCUAAAGGCACACCUAUAUAUAAAAAACCUAAGAGCACUCCUACAGAAAACAAACAACCUAUGAAAGCUAUGGAUAUGAAUAGAUCAAAAGAAAUCAAUAUGCAGAAAGUGGGCAGGGAAAUAAUAUUAUUAAAUAAGUUGGAUGAGGAGUUUAUGAAUAUAGUUGAAGAUGCCAAAGUAGAGAAAACACCAGAAGUGAUUAAAAGUAAAAAAGCAAAAUUAAAUAGUAUGGAGAAGAAACCGAAAAUAAUUAAAACAAAACCGAUUCAAAAUAAAAAAAUUAUUCAUAAGUCAAAAGUUGUUAAGAUGAAACCGAAACCAAUGAUAAAGACAUCUAAUCUAAAUACGAAGAAGAAAGAUUUUGAGUAUGAAGUUAUAGAACAAGAAAGUGAUUGCAAUAUAUUAGUGUUAAAAUUGUAACCAAGUGUUGUAUGUAAUUUGAGUGUAAAUACAGUGUUUGUGCUGUUCUGACACAGGUAACGAAAUUAGUGUGUUGUAAUCAUGUGCAUUAGAAGACAAAUGUGUUUUCUGAAUUUAAAUAUUUACAAGCAUCAAUUAAUUUUCAAAGAAAUUGUGAAGAAGUGAAAAAGAGAAAUGGGAUUGUUGGAAGAAACAAUUUGUAAGUUAUGAUAAACAAAGUAUGUUUUAAUUGAGGACAUGUAGUACUAUAGGAAGACGUUAAAUGUUUAUAUUGUUAGCAUAAACUAUAAUUAAAAUAGUUUUAAUGAUGUUAAAGAGCAAUGUAAAAGGCUUUAAUAAUGAAAAUAAAUUGAAAUCACAUUCUUUAAUUUAACAAUUAUAUUUUACAUACAUACAUACACUCACGCCAUGUUCCGUCGGGGUAGGCAGAGACAAUAGAAUGCCACUUGCUUCUAUCCUUACAAACCUCAUGUGCUUCCUCUACAUUCAUUACUCUUAUAUUUUACUAAAUUAUAAAUUAAUUAUAUAUUCUGACUAUAAUAAUUCUGACGUCUCUUUAAAACAUGUAUUCCUUAAUUUUCUAUCAGCUUUAUGUGUGAUAGUAUCAUAUCAUUAUUGAUUUUGAAUUUUGAUGUUACUUAAUAAAGAUUAAAUAAAGUAAAAAGUAACAAAUACUGUACAGUAAUAUUGGAUAAGUUUUAAUAAUGCACAAGUGAGUAACUUGAUUGAUGUUAGAUGUGUGAAUCAAUUCACAUCUUUUAUCAAUGAUCAAAACAGUUUUAUAAGAAUGUACACGAAGACCAUGCGCUAUAAUUAUGCAAAUGUCAAACUUUGAGGAAAGUUGUCAUUUUAUUGUUGAUGUUUGGGUAAAUUAAAACUCAUAUCAGUAAAAUAAAAAAAAUAUUCAAAGUAUGUAUAUUGCUACUUUAUUAAUUAAUGUAAUUAACUAGGAAUAAUUAUUCAAAUUUCUGUUUUGAAUAUUAUUUAUUGAUUUUCUGUUUGCCCAUUGUUAGAGGUGUUUCUCAGCUCGCUUUGUACACCCGUAUCUGCUGUAGCGUUUGAAUAGAGAGUCCCAUGUACAGGAUUUAUGUCAUCUCGCCAUCAUUUGAAUAGUCUAUCUCUGUUUCUUUUCCCAUCUCAUGGCUGCCAGUCUGUUUGCCUUUUGCACCAUCUGACCUCACCAUACCAUAACAGAUGAAAAUAUUAAAAGAACAUAGAUGCCUGACAUUGUAAAUUGAGUGAAAUACUAUAUUUUUUUUCUGGAUGUUAAGGAUAUUGAGGUUUACAUAAGUUGAUUACUUAUAUAUUAUAUUAAUUAUUGAUUACUUAGGUACUGCAGUAUUUGUAAAAAGGUUGGUAGAUAUACUAAGAAUAUGUAAGUUCAAGAAUAUAUUGUUCGAAUAGAUAUUAUUUGCCUCCUUUCAUAAUCUAAUUCUUAAAAUGUAAUUAAUUUUAAACAAAUUGUUAACACGCUAGAGCCUUUGUAAUUUCAAGUCUCAUUUGCUUGGUUUGUUUUCUUUUAAUAACCGACUGAUAGACUUUUGUUAAUAAGUAAUAUUAAAAUUUAAUAUUUAGAAAUCUGAACAUUUUAGUCAGUAAUAAUUAUAUAUAUUAGUAUAAUACAUAGAUCAUUUAUACAUUUAGAUAGCUGUGAAAAUGUGGAAUUAAAUUGAGGUUUAGAUACAGAAUAGAACAUAUUAACGUCUUAUGUGCUAACUUUAUAACGGUGUACUAAACGGUGGUCUCGUGCCGUUGCCAUAUGGCAAUGUGAGCAGACUGGAAGUUAAGAUGUGUUUGCAAUAAAUACCAUAGGUAAUAUACAACCAUAAGCAGUUAUUUAAUUUCUUAUGAAUAAUUAAUAUAACAGGCAUAGUUGUAUUAAUAUUAUUUUAUCAUAUACAUCAUAGAUGUAAGUUUUGAAAUAAUGUAGUUUGAUUAUUUUGUUUGAUUAAUUGUUAGUAAAUUAAUUACUUCAAGUACGAAAUACUUCAAUCUCAUAUAAUAAAAAAAGAAUUUGUUUUUUUUAUAUUUCACAAACUAACGAUGAAGCAUACCUAUGUGAGGCUAUAUUACAUAUUAUGUGGAGUGUAGCUUAGAAUAUAUUAUGCGUGUUAAAUUUGUAACCAAAAUUUAUGAACGAUGCGUGACUCGAAUACGCGACCUCUACUAGUAGUUAGUCAUUUUACUAUGGGAACCGAUAUCGCCAAACUCACACAUUUAUCUAUUAAAUAUAUAAUACACACACUUAAUUCCUGCUUUAUGAUAGGCCUAAAUUCACAAUAAGACAUAACUACAAAUUUAUUUACAUCAAUUUCAAACUUAAUACGAUUACGCUAAUCUCAUAUUCUUUAUGUGAUAUUGGCAACAGCAGAAUUUUUUUUUUAGAUUGCAAUAUAAAAACUUGAAGUAAUAGGAACUCUGUAACCAUAGAUUUGACUUCUGUCAAAUACCUAGUGUUGUACGAAAAUGAAUAAACAUAUCGAUAAGUUAGAGAGAACUAGAAAUGAUGCAAUCGCGGUUGAUAAAGUAUAUUACCGGUAAAGUACGUCGUAAGCUACAAUAAUAAUUGGCCAAUAUGUUAUCUAAGGUAUAGUUUUAUUUAAAAGGAUAGAUAAUAUUUAGCUCAAUUAAAAAAAGCGUACACGAAUAGUCUUGGAAAAUUAACAUAUCAAUAUAAGAUUUACCUGGGAAGCAAUACAAGAAAGAACAAUACAAAGAAUAAAACAUAGUUUUUUUUUUAUAAGUAUUCAUCGUUAUUCUGUAUAAACCCAGGGGCCAGUAAGAGAUAAGAUUUUAUAAACCGUACUACUUCCAUACGUAAUGCGCGUGCGGAAAGAUAAUUUCCUAAAUAAUAAAAAAUUGUUUUUCUAUAUUUUAAUAAUAUAUAAUUAAAAUUAACGCCUUUUCAGUUUAACUGGAAUCUUACACAUUUUUGUUAAAUAAUAAUUAGUUGUACCUACGAGAAAAAACUAUAUAUUUGAAUUCAUCGUAGUCUCUCUUGUACACAAUUGCCAUAAUCUUAUUAUAACAUUUUGGAAAAGAGCAAUACUUGAAUACAAUCUAUCAAGGUAAAAUUUAUUUCGAUAAAAUUAUAUCGAUAUGUACAUGCAUGCACAUAUUCAGUAGCAAAAUAUUUUUAUUGUUUACAUUAAUUAUUCUAACAUAAGUCAAAACGAUUAAACGUAAAGAUAAAAGAACCAUACGACUUAAUGUUAUGGACUAUGGUUCAUUUUUUAUUGUAUAUUUUGCACAACACAUAAAAAAUAUUAAUUGUAUUUAAAUCGGAAUUAUAUGAUAACCGAUGAUAGGAAAUCCCAUUGUUGGACAUAAUUUUAUUGCGCCUAUGAUUUCUACAGUCAAAAAUGACUCAAUAAAGCAUAUUUGUAUUUUUUUAAAAGAUAAUUAUGCUUCACUUGACAACAAACGACUCACUUGGUCUCACUUGAGCCUCGAGUAGGUACAUUUGUACACAAUAGUGGCGACAGGGUAACGCCCACAUGCUACUUCCACUAGUUUUUUCUGUUCCGUGGGUCUUACCAACUGAGCUCUCAGGCUGUUGCUCAAUCUUGCCCACUCUCUCUCUCCCUCUCUAUCAAGGCGGAUUCUAGUCACGCAUCGUUCAUAAAUUUUGGUUACAAAAUUGAGGGUUUUAUAACAAAUUGUUUAUAUUAUGCGUGUGUGAAUUUGUUUAUUUAACAUGACUGCCACCUAGAAUGAUAUAAAUAUCUAAUCUACAUUCAAAUUCAUUUAUAUUUGUUUCGUGUUGGAUGGUGUAUAUCUUUUCUAUUGGGCCUAUUCUAAAAUAAAUGCAGCCCCAAAAUGGGCGCAAUAAACUUAAUGGGCCUCAUAACAAAGAUGAAAUUGCAUUACAUUAUUUAAAAUUAGAUAAUAUAUUUUAUCUACACCUAUGCUUUAAAUCCUCUAUUAAAGAUACUGAAACAGUUAACUUAUUGCCAACAUUAAAACCCCCAAUGUCCUAAUAACCAUUACAUCAUCCAAACGAGUGUUGUAAUGUUGUACUGAAUUUCAUAACAACACUCCUUUGUUCUUUUUUUUUCGAACCCUUCAUGCUCAAAUAGUUUCAACAGACAGCCACAUUCUUAUUGCUCGAUGUGUGGUAUCUGUAUGAAUUUCAAAAAAAGAACAUUUUAUUUUACGCGCGUUCCACACUACCAGAACGUCGUGCGCCGUUAAAAAAAAGUAGGUCAUUAGAAUACAAAAUGUAAAUUAGUACUAAAAUAAAUAAUUCUUUCAUUAAUAGGUACUUAUUUAUUUGUAUAUAAUCAGUAAUGGAUGAUAUUAGGUUACUACUAAGACUGGCUGUUUUAAUGUUAGCAGUGAGCUAACUAUUUCAGAAUCUUUUAGAGGAUUCAAAUUCUGGGUGUAGAUAAAGUCUUGUAUGCAACUGUUGAUAAUUAGGUACACUCAUGUGAUACUAUUAUCACACUCGGCUUCGCUUCGUGUCAUAAACACAACAGUUGCAUAAAUAACUAUUACAUGAAAUGACCUAGUGAUGAUAUCCUCAUUAUCAAAGUUUGGUAUUGUUUAUUACCCAAGUCCUUAAUAACAUUUUCAAUUAGUUCUAUUUAAAAUAAAAUCAUACAUUCAGAUAACUCUCUAGGAUUCGCUCGAUUGUAUGAAACAUGCAGUCAUAUUGUCAUUAUUUUUAAUAUGAUUUUUUAAAAUUGGAUUUAUAUGAAAUUUAGGGUUUGCCAUACUUAAAAAGAAUUCCAACAUGUGUGGAAAAGACAUUGAAAAGGUUUGGCAAUGGGCAUCAGAUACGAAGCCAAGUUAUGUCAAUCUAUGUUAUAUGACAGUGAAAGUCCCAAAAAAAUUGCCAUUAUGUAAAAUGCAGUCAUUUUCAAAUUACAAACAUACACUUCACACUUAUUAUUAAGUAUAAGUUAAUUAUAGAGUUAUCAUGUAUUUUCUCCAUUUAAAAAAGCAAUUGUUAAGUUAGAAUUAACGAUUUUAUAAUGUUAUUAGUAAUUAGUUCAGAAAUAUUCUAGUUGUUAAUAGUUUACGGGUCACUCCUUAGUUUGUUGAAAUGUGACUUUUUUCAAACAUUAUACUUCUUUGACCAUGCUCCAUACAAAAGAAAAAAAAAUUAACCGAAAUCCAUAGAGGCUUAUUUAUAUAAUAAAUUGUAGUUUGUAAGUCUAAAACAUUAUAAUUUAAAAAUCCAACAACUACAUACUUCAAAAAUAAAUUUUGCUUAAGUAAAUUAAUUUACAAUAAAUUAUGUCGUUACUAUUUACGUGAAAAUGUGGAAACGUCCUCAUAGUUUGCUUUUAGUUUUAUUUUAUUGCCAGCUCAAAAAUGUGUAAUUGGCUAAAAAAAUUGGCACUGCCAUUUGUAAAAAAUACAUGUUUGUACGGUCUUUUAUGUUAUUGUAUGAUGUUAAAUUUGUAAUUAAUAUUUAGUGUGUUGGUAUAAUUGUAAAUAUUUAUGUAGGUAGAUUAUGACACUGGUGAGGUUAUAUUAGUACCAAUAUAUCAAAUAUUAAAGGCUUUGAUAUGAA